UUCUGAAAGAGACGCUUGUGCGGCUCUAUCGCCGGAAAACUCGCCGGGACUUCUUUUCUCUCACCUCCUAACCAUCGUUUGGAGGUUUCUUAUUGUUUACCCCCUACUCUCCGGUGCCGGAGUUCUAUUCCUCUAGAGAAGAUAAACUGUCUACUUUCAACGGGAAGAACCCUGCCGACUCUCUCUCUCUCUUGGCCGGAGUUCUAUUCUUGUGGCAGUUCUUGUCAAACACAAAAAGGCAGGAGGAGGGAUUUUUGAGCAAUGCCAGAGAGAACCGGUCCUUCAGUCUGAAGCCCUCUCGAGAAGCCCAUGGAUGACUCGAUUUUCCCGUUGAUUAGGUACAGUGAGUACUUUACGAGGACCAAGAAGUUGGUCAAGUUGCCGUCCUCGAGGACUAAAAAACAAGCCGGAAGCCGUCGGACUAGCAGAGGACCCGCCGUCCCCAAGCUAAUCCGCUUCAUUGUCACUGAUGCGGAAGCGACGGACUCGUCGAGCGACGAGGGAGAGCGGUGGUCCUGCCGGGAGCAGCAAAGAGUGAAGCGCUAUGUUCACGAGGUCGAUAUGCAGAUGUCGAGCUCCACCACUGCUGCCGCCUCCGCCAGCAAGGUGGCGCUAUGUAGAAGGAAGCCGAGUGAGCUGCAGGCAGCGUCGAAGGCAAGGAGCCGACCAAGAGGCGGCGUCUCCGACGACCGCCCUGCAGGCAGGAAGUUCAGAGGCGUCCGGCGGCGCCCGUGGGGGAAAUGGGCGGCGGAGAUUCGCGACCCGUCCCGCCGUGUCCGUCUCUGGCUCGGCACCUACGACACUGCAGAGGAAGCCGCCAAGGUCUACGACGAUGCUGCGCUUAAACUUCGCGGCCCCGACGCCAUGACCAACUUCUCUACCACCACUGCUACAACUUCCACCACAACAAACACUGACCCUCGGAGAACCGACUCGGAGACCAACCGGACAAGCGUCUCGGGCUACGACUCGGGGGAAGACCUUGUCGACCUGCCGUCCCCAACUUCGGUUCUCCGGUGCGCCAACUCCUCUGGGGAGUCGAACUCCGCCAAGAGGGCGGAGAAGGAAGCGGGAUGGCUGGAGACCGAGAGGCCGGAGGUGUUUGCUCUGGACGUGCCGUUUUCUCCCUGCGGCGACGGAUUACUCGACUCAACCGGUGGCGAGCCGGGGCUUCUCUUCGGCGGGUUCGACGCUGAGGAGUUCAGCGAAGCUCUCCUGGGGUCGCUGAGCGCGGUGGAGGCGCUCUGGCCAACGCAAGACGCCUCUCCGGCAGUCGACUGGCUCAUCGACAAGUGUUCGUUCGAUAUCGGCGAUUUGUUCCCCGCCGACGCCUUCCUCGCCACCCCUCAGCCGUCCGUCUGAGUCUCCAUCCGAUCCGUCGUUACCCGCAGUCCCGCCCUUACCGAGUCGUCGGUGGUUUUUUUCCGACCAAGACGAGACAGCGAGUUCUUUUGAAUCUGGUUUGCAGUUUUCUUUUUUUCUUUCUUGGCGAGAAAUGUACUUAAUACUAAGUGAGAGUGAGUACGAGCUCACACUUGUGCGUGAGCAGCAGGAAUUAAAAGGGAGAAAAAAAAAAUCUUUUGUUCCAUCUUUCA